CACUGCCCCCCGCUCCGACGGUGAGUGGCGCCACCCUCUCCUCCUCCCCUGUUACCAGCACUGCCUCCUCCGCUGGCGCCAUCGUCGCAUGUCGCUGCGCCCUCCCCACUCGGUGCUGGCGCCCUCGUCACCCGCCUCCCUCAGCAAGGCCGAAGCCACUGUGGUCACCUCUCCCCCUCCUUCCUCACGAUCGAAGACAACAUGAGCAACGAGGGAAGGGAAGGGGAAGGAGGACACGGCACCGCCGCCCGUGGUCAUAGUAGGGGGCGGGGGCCCAACGACGGUCGGAGGCUGCUGGUACAGGGAAGCGGUGCCCCUAAGUAAAAAUCAAUUAGGGGCGUCACUUGGAAAAGCCUAAUAUUAAGAUUUUUUUAAAGGUAAAAUGCCCUCAAUCUUGAUUCGACUUCAUUUGAGGCACACUUCGAGUCCAAUCUUUCCUAAGACGCGUCCACAGCCAUCAAAUCCCACCUUAUCCAAUGGCCUUGUGAUCUCGUCUCCACAAAUAAAAAUCCGACCUUUAGCCCAAUCUAACGCAUCUCCACUCUGCUGGUGCAGUAAUCGCCGAUGUCUUCUCUUCUUCUAAACCCCAACAGAGCCUUCUCUCCACUCUCCCGACAAGUCCUCACAGCAUCUUUCUCUUCUCUCUGCUCCAUCUCCAAUGCUCGAAUUCUGCUUGGCAGCCGUCCUACCGCCCAGAGAGUAGUUGGGUUUAAGCCGCGAGCCUCGCGAGAUAGCUUUGACGCAGAAGCACUGCCGGAGAGCAACACCAAGAAGAAGAGCAGGAACAAUAACAAAAAGAUCAUUCUCUUCGGUUCUACACCGCCGCCGUUGUCGGAGGAGAGAGGAGGCAGCGCCGGAAACUCGAGCGGGAAGCCGGCCGCCGAAGGUUCCUCGUGGGUUUUCUUGCAGAGGGCGUUCAAGAGAGUGUUGGCCGUUCUGUCGAACCUCCCGUUGGCGAUCGGGGAGAUGUUCACCAUCGCGGCAUUGAUGGCUUUGGGCACGGUUAUAGAUCAGGGAGAGGCUCCAGAUUACUACUUCCAGAAAUAUCCAGAAGAAAAUCCUGUGUUUGGGUUUGUAACUUGGCGAUGGGUACUUGCUCUUGGUUUUGAUCACAUGUUCACCUCUCCAGUUUUUUUGGGCAUGUUGAUCCUGCUUGCAGCUUCACUAAUGGCCUGUACAUACACAACUCAGAUCCCUUUGGUUAAAGUUGCUAGAAGAUGGUCUUUUAUACACUCUGCAGAGACUAUUCGCAAGCAGGAUUUUGCAGACUCCCUUCCACAAGCAUCCAUUCAGGAUUUGGGCAUUAUUUUGAUGGGUGCAGGUUAUGAGAUCUUCCUAAAAGGGCCAUCUUUGUAUGCUUUCAAGGGAAUGGCUGGCCGAUUUGCUCCCAUUGGUGUGCAUUUAGCUAUGCUUCUGAUCAUGGCAGGAGGUACGCUUAGUGCUGCUGGAAGCUUUCGAGGAUCCGUAACAGUACCCCAAGGCCUGAAUUUUGUUGUGGGUGAUGUGAUGAAUCCUAAUGGUGUUCUUUCUUUUCCUAGUCAAGAAUUUGAUACUGAAGUUCAUGUUAACAGAUUCUACAUGGAUUACUAUGACAGUGGAGAGGUAUCACAAUUUUAUACUGAUAUUUCACUGUACAGUCUCGAUGGGAAAGAACUAAUGAGAAAAACAAUCAGGGUGAAUGAUCCAUUAAGAUAUGGAGGAAUUACAAUUUACCAGACUGACUGGGGUUUCUCAGCGCUUCAAAUUACUAAGAAUGGUGAAGGUCCUUUUAAUCUAGCAAUGGCUCCUUUACAGUUGAAUGGUGACAAGAAGCUUUUUGGAACAUUCUUACCAACUGGAGAUGCUGAUUCACCAAAUGUUAAGGGAAUAUCAAUGCUGGCUCGUGACCUACAGUCCAUUGUCUUGUAUGAUCAAGAGGGAAAAUUUGCUGGAGUUCGCCGACCUAGCUCAAAACUUCCAAUUGACAUCGACGGUACAAGGAUCGUUAUCGAAGAUGCUAUUGGUAGCAGUGGCCUUGAUUUGAAGACUGAUCCAGGGGUGCCCCUUGUGUAUGCUGGAUUUGGUGCUCUGAUGCUGACAACCUGCAUCAGCUACUUCUCUCAUUCACAGAUAUGGGCACUGCAAGAUGGAACAACAGUCAUCGUCGGAGGGAAGACCAACCGGGCAAUGCUCGAGUUUCGUGAUGAGGUGAACCGAUUACUAGAUGAAGUACCAGAACUUGUUACCAUUGACAAGAACUUCAAUGGAUAAUUGUGAUUGGUUUGCUUCUGGCUUCGAUUUGAAUGGAUUGGUGAUGAGUUCAUCGGAGUUCUCAAGGCCUUGGUGAUACUUCUAUCGAUCGCUUUCAGACAUAUACUGUGCUCAAGCUGACAUUUUUACAAACACUUCGUUCGCCUCAGUCACAUUUCAAGAGGAGGAUCUACAGAUACAUAAACUUCGGAGAAGAUUGUCAAUUCAAUUAUAUAGUCCUUAACAUUUGUAUAGCAUUUUUGGUUAAUUGUGAAGGCACCAUUUCCAAAUGUAAAGAAGAAAGAAUUCUUUUUUACCUAAAUUACACAAGUUCAAAAGCCCUGAAACUGCAAUAUUUA